AUGGGCCGGGACGGGCCGUGGCUGAACCUGUCCGGCAGCGCCUGUGCGGCGGGCGGGCCCUUCCCCGCCGGCACCGCCGCGCUGCUGGCCGCGCUCAUGGGGCUGCUGGUGCUGGCCACGGUGCUGGGCAAUGCCCUGGUCAUUCUGGCCUUCGUGGUGGACCGGAGCCUCCGCACGCAGGGAAACUUCUUCUUCCUGAACCUGGCCGUGGCCGACCUGCUGGUGGGCGGCUUCUGCAUCCCCCUCUACAUCCCCUACGUGCUGACGGGCGAGUGGAGGCUCGGCAGGGGCUUGUGUAAGCUGUGGCUGGUGGUGGACUACCUGGUGUGCACCGCCUCCGUCUUCAACAUCGUCCUGAUCAGCUUCGACAGGUUCAUCUGUGUCACCAGAGCGGUCAGCUACAGGGCUCAGCAAGGGAUGACCAGAAAUGCAGUGCUGAAGAUGCUAUCUGUAUGGAUUGCUGCUUUUCUCCUCUAUGGGCCAGCCAUCCUCAGCUGGGAGCACAUUGCCCAAAAGAGCAUCCUCCCUGAAGGAGAAUGUCAUGCAGAAUUCUUCUACAACUGGUAUUUCCUAAUGAUUGCCUCUACUGUUGAAUUCUUUACACCUUUCAUCACUGUUAUGUACUUUAACUUAAGUAUUUACCUUAACAUCAGGAAACGCACAUUGCUCCGAAAUGAAAACCUCUCACUCGGUCAAGAGGACUGUCAAAUGAAUUUCCAGGGGGCAAAAAGGGAACACACGGUGUUUUUUGUAAAGCCAGCUAACAGAGACAAACAGGAGCAGAGAGCAAGCAGCCUCCUUCGUCCAGAGAAGGCUCCAAGGCCUCAGGCCUCGGCUGAGCUGGGCAAUCAGCCACACAAUCUGAGUGCCAGUCUUGAGCUUCCACCCCUCCAGGUGGAUGUACAGACCAGGCCUCCCAGGAGUGGCUUCUGCCAAGCAACAGAGAGCCUUUGCCAGCCCAGCAGCAAAGCGGACGUUGCUAACGUCAUGGCAAACAGAUUCAGACUUUCCCGGGACAAAAGAGUAGCAAAGUCCUUAGCAGUGAUUGUCUGCGUGUUUGGCGUGUGCUGGGCUCCGUACACACUCCUGAUGAUCAUCAGGGCAGCCUGCCACGGGCACUGUGUGCACCACUCCCUCUAUGAGAUCUCAUUCUGGCUCCUGUGGGUGAACUCGGCCAUCAACCCUGUUCUCUACCCACUGUGUCACACGAGCUUUAGGAAGGCCUUCAUCAAACUCCUGUGUCCACGAAAAGCCAAAAUUCAUCCUGACAUUUUGAUGUGAGAAGUAGGAAGGCUGAAAUAGUACAUAUUGUAUUUGGUGGGAACACCAAAAAGCAAGUAUUGCAAUACCUGCAAAUAUUUAUGGAAUACUGGUAAGUAGGCACAAGUGUAGAUAUUUAUGAAUAUGUAGAAAUAUAGUCAUCCAUGUAGCUGGGAAAAUCACAGCAAUUAAAAGAAAGGUAAUUUUUCAAAGCUCUUUGGGAAAUUACACCAACAGUGUAUUUUCUGGUAAUGGUGGACUACUGUUGAAGUGCUGAAAACAAAAAAUAACUUUCAUGGCUAAUAAUUAGAUUUCAGGCUCUGUCACUUUUAAUAACUGUAAAUAUUGCUGGAAUUUCAUAAAGCAUUAAUCUUAGAUCUGUUAUAUCUUACUCCCAAAUCCACUUCAAGACAUCAAGAAUCUCAGUUGUUAAGUCUAGGAUGCUUUUCCUGCCUCCACUUAGUGGCAAGUCAAACAAGGCAUGACCAAAGAUAAAAAUACUGGAAAAGCAUGGGACAGGAGGCAGCACAACAGUGAUGUUACCAGAGAAGCUGAGCAACUGUAGCAGGUAAGGGAGCCCUGAUGUGAGGGAAAAGGUGAUUGAAAUAGAAGAAAGUGGAAUAUUUAGUAGAACAAAGUCCAGGAACAGAAGUUAAAAGGGUUUUGAGCUUUUUAAUAGGAGAUACAAGAAUUGGUAACUUACACACUGGAAGAGUUUCACUAGGAGUUCCCUCCCUCAGCAGUGCCUUCCUGCAUGGGCAGGAAUCUACUGAGGUCAAAACUCCACUCCUUACAGGGCUGAGGCUAUUACCCUGUGCUUUGCUGUAAACACAGAGUAAGCCUAAGUAGUCUAUGAGAUCCAUGACAGAGCUUUAGGUAAACUUCCAGUAAUUUUUGAAACAUUUAGACUUGGACCUUUACUACUUCUGGCUAGAUUUAAAAAAAAAAA